AUGGCACCGGAGAAGAAAGCAAACAAGCGCAAAGCGGCAUCCGCUGCGGCCGCUGCGGUAUCCGACCCGCCUGCGAAGAAAUCGAAGAAGACCGAACCCAAGACCGUCGAAUUGUCCAAGCAGCCUGCUAAAUCAGCUUUGAAGAAGGCCGCCGCCCCCGUGGAGACUAAUGGCGCAUCGUCCAAGCCGUCCUUGAAACUCAAUGGCGAGCCUGCGAGACAAGUCAAGCCCCGCAAGCGGGCAGCGGAUUUCCUCAGCGACGAUGAAGAUGCUCAGUCCAAGACUGCUUCGCAGGAGAUCAAGAAAGCCAAGUCUGCUAAGAAGGACAAGAAGAGCGAACAAGAAAACGGAGACUCGAAUAUUGCGGACACCGAGGAAAAGGAAUCGAAGGCCAAGAAGAGCAGCAAGCCCAAGAAGAAGGAAAUUGUCAAUGAAGAUUUCAGUGAUGUUUCUAGCUCAGAUGCUUCUGAGCAGGAGGAUGAUGAGGAUGAAGAUGACCAGACUGCCGCACUCAUCAAGGGCUUUGAGAGCAGUGGUGACGAGGAGGAUGCUUCCGGCGACGAAGGCUUUGAUCCCGAGAAACCUGUUCCCAAGAUUCCGGACUCGAAGAAGCUCAAGCGUAAGCUUGUGAAGAAGCAGAAGAGCAUUGCACAGCCUGAGGAAACUGGAACAGUUUACGUUGGACGUAUUCCUCACGGUUUCUACGAGCACCAGAUGCGCGCAUACUUUUCGCAGUUCGGUGAAAUCACUCGCCUACGUUUGUCUCGCAACCGUGUGACUGGCCGUUCUAAGCACUACGCAUUUAUCGAGUUCGCCUCGUCCUCUGUCGCUAAAAUCGUUGCCGAGACCAUGAACAACUAUCUGAUGUACGGUCAUAUUCUGAAGUGCAAGUUCGUUCCCAACGAACAGCUGCAUCCCGAUAUCUGGAAGGGUGCCAACAGGCGGUUCAAGAAGACUCCCUGGAACAAGAUCGAGAAGAAGCGUUUGGAGAACGGCAAGGUCCGAUCGAAGUGGACCAAGAGCAUCGAGCAGGAGCAGCGACGGAGAAUUGCCAAACUCGAGAAGCUCAAGGAGCUCGGAUAUGAAUUCGAGAUUCCCGAGCUCAAGAGCGUUGACGAGGUCCCUGUGCAAACAAAGGAGAAGCCUGCUCUGGAGGCUCCUGAAGCGGUUGAAGCUGAGAAGCCCAAGACUAUCGAGGCUUCUGCUCAGGAUGUUGAAAAGCCGGCCAGUGGCACACCGAAGUCGAAGGGAAAGGGAAAGAAGACGAAGGCUGCCGAACCAGAGCCUGUUGAGUCAAAGUCGAAUGAAGCCGCUGUGGAGGCUACGGUCUCUCCUGCUGCCAAAAAGGCCAAGAAGACUGAGAAAGCCAAGAAAAAGUCCAAGGCAUGA